CGUAGAAAUCAUGGGUAAAAAUCAUCAACCAGAUAACUGGGAUGAUGGUUCAUCAGAUUCGGGUGAGGAGAAAACAAGUCCCACUGCUGUCACACGUUCCUGUCCACAUUUGAAGCGUGCCGUCGAUUCGGCCAAGUUACGCAAACUUUUGAAGGGUACCGGCCUACUAUUGGAUUGUACAGAAUGCCAAAGAAUGGGGUUUACCUCACCGGCAACCGAGGCAUCAGAAUCACCAUCAUCCGUGGACAUUGAAUAUGAUAAUACGUUGUGGUUGUGUCUGAAAUGUGGUUCACAGCUGUGUGGUCGUUCCAAGAAUCAACAUGCUCUGCAUCAUUUUAAGACACCCCGCUCCGAUUGUCAUGCCUUAGCGAUGAAUACACGUUCCUUUGAUAUAUGGUGUUAUGACUGUGACAAUGAUGUAAAGCCCGAUUCGCGUAAAAAUCUUCUCGAUUGCGUGGAAUUUGUAAAGGGUUUGGCCCAAAAGCCACCUGUACAAAAUGUUGAAAAUAUGAUUUUGGGCGCCUGGGAAUCUUUACGUCCAUUGGUAUCGACUGAUGAUAAUUUAGCUACCACACCUCAAUCAAGCGGUACAGUUAACACCGAUUGCAAUAAUAUUACGGGAAUAAAUAAAGCCAUACCAUUGCCAGCACCACCAUUGCCUCCAAUACCGGGAAUGGCCAAACGUACCAAUAACGAACCUUUGGUCACCACAUAUAGUAAUUUCAAUAAUUUACCGCCCAUUGAACCUCUGCCCAGGGUUCGUGGUCUAACCAAUUUAGGUAAUACGUGUUUUUUCAAUGCAGUUUUGCAGUGUUUGGCCCAAACACCUUACCUUUUGGAUGUCUUAAAGGAAUCCGCUGAACCGGGAGAAGAAUUUACCCUACCCGGUGGUACAUUUGAUAUCAAUAAUGAUGAAGUUUUAAAAUUGCCACCCAUUAAGGGCACAUUAACAGCCUGGGGUGGUUUAACUUCGGCUCUGGCCAAUACUCUAGAAGAAUUGCAGUCGGGAGGUGGCGUAUUUAAUCCCAGCAAACUUUUGAAUAAACUAACCACCAAAUGUCCCCAAUUUCAAGGUGGCGAUCAACAUGAUUCUCAUGAGCUUCUCAGACAGUUAUUGGAAAGUGUGAGAUCCGAAGAUUUAAAACGGUACCAACGUGUCAUUCUACAAAAUCUCGGCUGCAAAGAUCAAGACGCCAAAUCUGCUUCCGAUGAUAUGAAAAGAAAAUGCAAAAUUUAUGGUAAUCAAGCUGCCGAUCGUAUACUAAUGCCUGAAAAAGUUUUUCGCGGCUUCUUAGUUUCCACGCUGACAUGUCAAGAUUGUUACAAUGUCAGUUCAAGACAUGAAUACUUUCUGGAUAUGUCUUUGCCUGUAAGCGUUGAAAAAUCACAACCCCCAGCAAUGCGACGUAAAACAUCACCGGAUAACGCCAAUUCAUUUUACCUACAUCCUGCUCCAGCCACCUCACCUACUGGUCCAACAAAGUCACAACUGAAGAAGGAGGCGAAAAAGGAACGUAAGGCAAAACGUCAUGCUAAGCACCAGCAUACCAAGCAGCAAAUCCAGAAAGUUGGCUCAGCUGAGGGGCAGAAUAGUACACCAACUAGUGGUGAAGAUGCUGUACCCAUUAUUGGUUGUGCUACAAGGGAAGAAGCUGAUGACAGAACGACGGGUGCAUUGUCGGCGGAAUCUUCAUCUUCUGCUGAACAAUCGGAUGCCGAUGUCGAAGAUAAUCUCUUGGAUGACAAUGACAAGUGUCCCACAAAACCAUUAAAUACCUCAGCAAAUGCGAAAGCGUUAAAUAACAUUGAUCGGAAUGGCAAUAACCAGCUUACAAGCCCUGUUGAAAAGCGAGGUGAUUCACCGGAAAAUAUGGACAAGGAUUCGCUGGAUGAAGACGAAAAUGAUUCCGGUAUUGCCACAAGCCCUGCCAAUGCUGGUGGUGCAAGUUUUCCUGCCUCCUCGACAUCAAAUUCUGAAACGAAUGGUGAUGCAAAUAUAAUUGAAACCAAAACCACAAAUAGUGUUUUCUCAUUGGGUCUCAACGAGAAGGGAGCUAAUCUACUUAAACAAUUAAGCAAUGGCAUUAACACAGACGAGACUACAACAACACUCACUAAUGGUGACAUUAAAUCGGAAGAAAAUGGCGACAAUUCUGCUGCAAUGCAAUCCGUAAUUAAUAAACUCGAUCGCUUACAAAUUGAAAACGAUGAACAACAACAGAAGAAAUCUGCCCGUGCCAAAGCGAAACGUUCGCGUACCCAAAGCUAUUCCGAUUGGAGUACCACAAUAGCGCCACGCUAUCAAUGUGAAGAUGGUGAAUGCUCGGUCCAAUCAUGCCUUAACAAUUUCACAGCCGUGGAAUUGAUGACUGGCAACAAUAAAGUUGGCUGCGAGGCCUGUACAAAACGUAUCAACGGCGAUGACCCCAAGGCCAAGACCGUCAAUACAAAUGCCACUAAACAGUUCCUGAUCUCUAGUCCACCGGCUGUACUGAUAUUACAUUUGAAACGUUUCCAAUUGGGACAACGUUUUGUCUUUCGCAAAUUGACGGGGCAUGUUAGUUUCCCCAUGAUACUGGAUAUUGCACCAUUCUGUGGCUCCAAAGUCAAGAAUCUUCCCAACAUUGAUCGUAAACAAAAGAAAUUGUUAUAUGCCCUAUAUGGUGUUGUGGAACAUUCGGGUAGCAUGUAUGGUGGCCAUUACACGGCCUAUGUCAAGGUGCGACCCAAACUCAGCAAAGAUGACAAACGUUGGAAAUUCAUACCACAAGGCAGCAAAGCCGAAUUGGACCAAGACGAUGAACAACGUAAAAAACUCGAAGAGCUUUUGGCGCGAGAAAAGGCGCGCGAUUUACGCAUGAAGGCAGCCAAUGAUAGCGACGAUUUUUCGAAUUCUUGCAACAGUAGCUUGGAUUCGAGUGCUUCGUCGUCAUCUUCUGAACCUGAUGAUUCGCCAACGUCACCGGAUGGCGGUCAUAAUGAUGAACCUGAAGGUGCUGUCGGUGGUAUAGAUGAGGCCAUUAAUGUCCAGGUGCCAAUGGGUAAAUGGUAUUAUGUAUCCGAUUCCCGUGUUUCAGAUGCCAGCGAAAGUGAAGUUUUAAAAGCCCAAGCGUAUUUGCUGUUCUACGAACGUAUUUAUUAAAUUUGACGAGAAGAAAAGGACA